UGAAGCUCGGCCUGAGCCGGUCAUACAGAAACAAGAGCUUAUUAAAAACUCGUGUUUAAGCUUUUCUCUGUGUAUCCUGUGCUAAUUUACAGGUUAAACGUCUGAACUCUUAUACUGUAUAAAGUGCUUUGUUUGGUAGUGAAGUGCUUCAGUGCUGUUUGGAGGCUGAAAUAACUCGGUGUGUCACAGCUGCUCCGCUGAAGGGGUGAAGCGAGUCUGCUGAGGGAGGAGAGACACACAGAGACAUGGCGAAGUGGGGACAAGGAGACCCGCGCUGGAUCGUGGAGGAAAGAGCCGACGCCACCAACGUUAACAACUGGCACUGGACGGAGCGUGAUGUCACACCCUGGUCCCAGGACAUUCUGAACGAGCUCCUUCUCAGAGUCCGUGUGGAAAACGAAGACGGCUUCUGCCAGAUCACGGACGUGAGCGAGAUCGAGGGCGAGGCGUCCAUUAACAACCGCAAAGGCAAACUCAUCUUCUUUUACGAGUGGACCAUUAAAGCUUCAUGGACCGGAACCGCAAAAAAUGGGAUUAAGUAUAAGGGGAACGUCGAAGUGAUGAACCUGUCAGAUGAAAAUGACAUGGAUGAUCUGGAUAUUUGCAUCACGGCGUGUAAAGACCAGCCCCCCACACCUCUAACUGCCCUCAUGAAGAAGGAGGGAGAAAAGGAGGUCAAACUGGCUCUACAGGGCUACGUCUUACAUUUAAAAAAAGAGUUCUCUCAGGGUAUGAUUCUGCCCAAAGCUGAGAGCGUCAGUACGCAGCAGACGAACGUCAAACUGGACAAAAAGAACCCGAGCUGCUCCUCUGCCGCCCCUAAAUCACCAGGAUCUGGUGUGAAAAUCUCCACGGCCUCAUUUAUUCUGAAGGAGACGUUCCUCACCUCACCCGAGGAGCUUUACAGAGUCUUCCUCAACCAGGAGAUGGUUCAGGCGUUCACGCACCUCGCCGCCUGUGUGGACGGGGUGAGCGGAGGACAGUUCCGGCUGAUGGAGGGAAACGUGCACGGACACUUCGCCGAACUGGUUCCAAAUCAGAAAAUCGUCAUGAGAUGGAGGUUUUCAUCCUGGCCUGCAGGACACUUCUCGACAGUCACGCUGGACUUUACAGACCGAGGAAGUGAGACCGUGUUGUCAGUGGAAGUCAAGGGCGUGCCCAGCACAGAGGAGGAGAGAAUGAAGGAGGGAUGGAAGAGAUAUUACUUUGAUGCCAUUAAACAGACGUUCGGUUACGGAGCUCGGAUCUGUUGAGACACAUUGAGUUUUCUAAUUUAUUUUCCAAAGUAUAAUGAUGCUGUGAUGACUGGAGAGAAAACAUCACGAGCAUAGGCAUGUUUGUACUGUACACUACCAGGUCAAAAAAAAAAAGGCGCCAUUUAGAAGGGUCACUUUAUUGUAUUUAUUAAAUCAAGCUAAGAAAACAAACAAGAAGAUUUGAAAUUUCUGGAACUGGGUUAAGAAUCCUUUAACACAUUAACAAAACCUGAAAGGAUAAGUGCUGAACCAUUAAAAAUGUGGUAAGAAAAAAAUCAAGAAUGGAGAUGAUUUAAAUGCUUGGUGAUAUCGCAUGGUAAAAAAAUCAACUGUGAAAACCAGAGCUAUGUUUUAUAGUGAAAGUAAGAGAAUUUCCACACAUACAAUGUGUUAAGAACUCACUGGAUUGGGACUAAACAGCUGUGUCUCCUUAAGAAAACCACUCGUUAGUGAGAAUCACUAGGAAAAAGGCUUCAGUUUGUUAGGAAGCAUAAAGACUGGACUUUGGAGUGAUGGAAAAAGGUCAUGUGACCUGAUAAGUCCAGGUUUAGCCUAUUCCUGAUUGAUGGGGGAAAGAAAGGAAGGACAUGAAGUGAUGCUCCCAUCAUGCAUAGUGUCCACUGUACAAGCCUCUGGAGUGUUAUGAUUUGGGGUUGAUCAGUUACUCAGGUCUAGACUCAGUAACCACCUAAAUAUACUGAACCACCAGGUUAUCACAUCUAUGGAGGUUUUCGUCCCUGCAAAAAAUGGUUCUGGGCGCAUGAGGAAUCAUUUUCACAAAUAUACUGACAACCAUAUUGUGUGCUGUAAUUACAGCUAAAGGUGACGGAAUGAAAUAUUAGAGUUUGUAGACUUUUUUUUUUGUCAAGACAGUGUACAAUAAAAAAAAUUUGUACUGCAAUGACCAGAAAUGAAGAGCAGUCACUGUUAGCAACUAAGAUUAUUCAGGGUCUUAUAAGUGUUUUAUUCCACUUACAACAUAAAAAUAAAUA